AUCGUGUUGACAUGUCUGCCAAUUGCUGAUAAAGUAAAAAGUUGGACAUUGUUUUAACAGUUGAUGUUUUUAAUUAUCUUAGUCCUUGAAUGCUUUUUUUUUCCCCUCUACCGUUAAACAAUAUAAAUUCUAAAGGAGCUCCGGCGGUAAAUCUUUUACUCUUACGUGCCAAGCACAUCGUCUUGAUUAUGAAAAGAAACUUUUGCUUGUUCUUUUAAAAAAAAUAACUUCGCCACAAAGAUGGUGUCGCUGGCAAAAGAAAUUUGAGAUCCUAGCCAGACUAUUCAGGUCACUUCCACUCAAGAUUUAUUUAUUGUAUUUUAGACGGAUAAUGUACAACUGAUACUUCACGAAUUACAGCGAGUGAAAUCAGCAAUAACAGCAGCAGGGGAAAUAGUAAUAGCAAACCUUUCUACCACUCCGUACCUCCCUCAGACCCUUCAAGACAAGCUAAUCGUCUUCCUAUCAAGGUUUUGAAAAUGCUUACGGCUCGCACCGGACACAUUUUGCAUCCCGAGUAUUUGCAGCCUUUACCAUCUACACCCGUAAGUCCCAUCGAGCUUGAUGCGAAGAAGAGUCCUUUGGCACUUUUGGCUCAAACAUGUUCUCAGAUUGGGAAGCCGGACCCCCCUCCAUCUUCAAAGCUAACUUCUGUUACGUCAAAUGGUACAAGUGACAAAGAUUCCGGAAAACCUACUCCUUUGAAACUUAGCGACAUUGGUGUAGAAGACAAAUCGAGUUUUAAACCAUAUUCCAAACACGCUGAGAAGAAGGAUUCCAGUUCCUCCGGCUCUUCCAGCGUUUCUGCGGAAAAGUCUGGUUUCCGUGUGCCUAGCGCCACCUGCCAACCAUUCACACCAAGGACAGGCAGUCCAAAUUCCAGCACUUCUUCACCGAUGCCACCCGAGGGCAAAGGCAAUGACAGUCAGGAAAAGAAAGAAAUGGACACCGUAAAAAACAGCUCCACAGACAAUUCCACGACAACUAGCGUCAGCCACAACCGGAUUAGUGUCAGUUGUGCUGGGAUAAAUGUGGAAGUGAACCAGCACCAGGAGACUUCAGUGUCAAAACCCAUUAUUUCGGAAACUUCCGCUCUAAGUUCUGGACUUGUUGCCCCGGUUUCACCGUAUAAGCCCGGACAAACUGUCUUUCCUUUGCCUCCAGCUAGCAUGACCUACCCAGGCACCCUGGGAGCGUACGCCGGCUAUCCGCAUCAGUUUGUGCCACAUGGCGUCAGCUUGGAUCAUGCCAAAUCCAGUCUGGUCGGAGCGGCACAGCUGGCAAGUUCUUUGGGUUGUGGCCUCUCCAGUAAAUCCACCGGUUCCAGCCCAUUAGCCGGUGCCUCUCCACCCUCCAUGAUGACGGCCAGCCUUUGCAGAGAUCCUUAUUGUCUCAGUUAUCACUGCGCUGCUCACCUUGCCGGGGCAGCAAACAAUUCUUGCACCCAUGAUCCUACAACUUUGAAGUCUGGAUACCCUCUGGUUUACCCCUCGCAUCCACUACAUGCCGUUCACACGUCCAUGUCCAGCAACGCUGGGACGCCAACCCUCGCGGGACACCAUUUGUACCCAUAUGGCUUCAUGCUACCUAACGACCCCCAGCCUCACGUCUGUAAUUGGGUCUCCGCCAAUGGACCAUGCGACAAGCGAUUUUGCACCUCGGAGGAACUGCUCAACCACUUGCGGACGCACACUGCUUUCUCCGGGACUGAUAAGCUCAUGGCCGGCUACCAAAAUUCGUCUCUGGGCAGCGCGGCGGCGGCGGCAGCUGCAGCAGCUGUGGCGUGUCAUAUGCACCUCCCACCGACAGGGGCGCCUGGAAGCCCAGGUGGUCUCACACUAAGGAGCCCUCAUGCUUUAGGACUGAGCAGUAGGUAUCACCCGUACACCAAGAGUCCCCUGCCGACCCAUGGAGCUCCAGGGCCGGUUACCACUCUACCAGUGCCGGCAACAGGACACUAUUACUCUCCAUACGCACUCUACAGCCAGAGGUUAACCACAGCUUCAGCACUGGGCUAUCAGUGAGCUCAGAUAUUCGAAGCUGCAAUAUGCAUUGCGAUGAAGGCUUAUGUGGGUCCAAUUUCAAAACCGUCAGGAAUUCUUUUUAAAUGUUGACCUAAUUUCCUUCUGUUAAAAUAAUACAAUCUGAUUUUUUUUAAAUGUCAUGAAACCAGACAUCUAUCCGAAAGAUGAACCGAUUAAUGUAUACGUAAAAAUCCAUUGAAUUGUUUUGAAAAUUAAUAAAUGUAAAUAGUUUUUUUUUCUUUGAAAGUUUUGAAAUGCAAUCCAGGUAGUCUCUCACAAAGCAGAUUGCAGUAUAAUGGACCUUUUUUGAUGGUGUUCAUCAAUGGACGGGUUCCGUGAACGCUGUAUUUAUUUAUGUUAGCUUCAAGCGGGGGAAAAACAUAACAAAGUGCAUUACUUAAAAAAAAAACCAUAGGUAACGUGGAACAGUGUAGAAAAAUAGGGAUUUUCCGGAAUUUCUUUUCAAUUGCUAUGAUUGUAUUGUACGUUCUUAAUUUAAUGUCUCUUGGAAAAAAUUUACAUGCAUGUUUGUUACUAAAUUCCAACUUGUCAUUAUAAUUUCAAAUUGCAAUUAUUUUUAAGGUGUACCAUGGAAAGAGAAUUGGUAUUUUUUGUAUGUAUUCUGGAAAUAAGAAGCAGUGCUAUUCAAAAAUAUGACCGUCUUAUUUUGUUAUUAAAUGAAUACUUGAUUACAAAUUGUAACUUCCGUUCGCAUUAUAUAGGUUUUCAAGUGCAGUUUUGCUACUUUUAAAAAAUGCUUCCCAUUUCUAUGAUUAUGCCAGGUUCUUUCCCCCCCCCAAGCAGUGUUGCAUUGCUAACCAGGGCAACUUUUGAGGAGGGAAACAUAAGUUUCUAAUGUUUCUUAAUUUUUUUUUUAAAAAAUCCUGUCAUUUUCCUACAGCUGUUAACCUCUUAGAAUGCAUGUUCCACAGUUAGAAACUUAGAGGUCACUUAACAGUUUUAAUGAAAAGUAUUUCCCUCUGAGAAAUUGCAAAAUCAUCACAUACACUUCCACCACAGCGGCACAAAUUAUUCGACUACUGUAUACACACUAAUUGUUGUUUAAAACAUUGGAAUACAAAUAGGCCUGUUUUUUUAAACAUUUACUGUAAGUUUAUUAGCUCUGAAUACAUUUUGGUUAUAAUACCAAUUAUUCAAACGUUGUUCCGGAGGGCUAGAUGAAAACAAAUGCCCGAAAGAGAUCGACCAACGUAGUACUGCAAAGACCCAUCACUUUUCAUAAUAGUUGUAAAUAUUUUUCACCUUGUUAGCCCUUGGUAUCUGAAUUAAAUUUUCAUAAAUCUGACGCAGGAGAGUGGACGUACAAAAUUAUACACAGAAUCACGUUAAUCGAGGAUUCAUAUUUUCAAGUUUCAGGAAUUUGUCCAGUUAGCGGCAACCAAGCCCCGCUAAGUCAUCUCUCUUUGAACUCAAUCCUAUUACAAAUAGCUUCUUGCCCUGCUCUAAAUAAUAUGUUUGUCUUAUUCGAAAUCAGGAUGUUUGAACAUAUUGUUUCUUAAUGUUUUUUAAAAAUCUGCUUUUACAAAUUAACCAACGGUAAACAAACGUAAAUUGCACGUAAAGCUUUCAGGUUUUAAAAAAAACUAAAUGUUAAAUCAUAAUUUUCUAUUAGAUUUAUUAAAAUAAGGUCUCUGCAAACGAUACUAUGAAAAGUUAAAAGUAGUGUAAUUCCAAGAAAUGUACGUAAAAGGGUAAAUGAAUUGACGUACACUACAAAUUGAGGUACUAAACAUUCUUAGUGGAUUAACAUGGACUCAAACCCAAAAUAAAUAUUUCUUUAAAAAAAGUUUGAUGGGUGUUUAACGAUGUAUGUACUUUAGAGUAUAGUCCGACUACACACUUUUGAAAUAAUUUUAAAAGUGACAAAUAUUUACACCUGGGGUAUUGGGCGUGUCCGAGCAUCAUAUUCGUGGAAUUAAAAUGAACUAAAGAAGCGUUAUCAUGACAGUAACAAAAUUUUUCUUUUAUACAUUAAACGAUUCUGAACAUAUUUUCAUCACUUUUGAGUGCUGCUUUUUUUUUUAACCUUAAAGAACGGUGAAACGGCACCGUAUAAAUAGCGGUAUCCUCGAUAUCUUUAAAAUGUCCAUCUUCAUACAUUUGUUAGCUCGUCAAUACCGGUAGGUCGGUCUUCUCUACGGCUUUGUUUCCCAGUAAAAUAGGUGGUACAAACACAUUCCUAUGAUAAAAGCAUUGUGAAACAUAAUCACUGUUAAAAGUUGUUUUCCUGUGGGGGAAAUAUGUUAAUUGUUGCAGAACUUGUGAGAUCUAAUUAGACCAAUUAACAGGAAAAAUGUAUUUUUCUUCUGGCUCUGACCCUUCUUCGAGACUUAUUAUUCAGAACGUUUGGUUGACUCAA